AUGCUUGAUAUUCUUGAAAACGACGAUGGGUUUGAUUACUUUGCUCAAACUUUGGUACAUGAUUGGGGUCCACUAGGCUAUCUUAUUUUCUGGAUAAAUAACGUUUCAGACGCACCAAAUAAAGCAACAAUAACACGAGUUUUUAAUGAUCAAGUCGAAUGGUUAAUAACAAAUGGGACCAGAAAAGAACAGGAGAAGGCGCAAUAUCUAAAGAAACAGUUUAGGACCAUUCACACUUGUGACUGUAGGGACUCCGUGGGACUUCGUCUCCUGCACGGCCUCCUGCUACAGACUAUUCACACUUGUGACUAUAGGGACUUUGUCUCCUGCACGGUACAUCUGCUACGGACCAUUCACACUUGUGACUGUAGGGACUCCGUGGGACUUCGUCUCCUGCACGGCCUCCUGCUACAGACCACUCACACUUGUGACUGCGGGGACUCCGUGGGACUUCGUCUCCUGCACGGUACCCUUGCUACUGAUGGUUCAUAUUGUAUGACUCAUAUUGAUUCACAGAAAGGUGGUCGAAUGUAUAAUUUCUGGGGAGAUGAAAUGCUCGCUAAAAGACUUAUUGAUAUUGAAAAAAACGCUCCUACUAGAAUUCAUGGUUUUCCGGCGCAACAUACUUCUUUCGCAAACCGUAUACUUACAGAAAGAAAUAACACAUUAGGAUCAAAUCUCUUUAAUCUAAGCAAUAACAAUGUCAUUAAUCCUUCAGAUAAGGUCAAGAGAUCCCAAGGGAAUGAAAAAUCGUCCUGUAAAGAUAAUUUGAACGAAGAUGCCCUUGUGGAGAGCAUUGACGAAAACAUACUUGAUCAAGAAAACAUAUUGCCAAAAGCAAGUGGUGACAAUAAUUUAAAGGAUCGGCGAAAAAAUUUGGACUCGCGUAUUGUUGAAGCAUUUUAUGAAUAUCAAAAGACAAUUCCAAAAACUCGUAGGAAAGCUUAUUUGAUUGUAAACAAAUUACGGAAGAAGACAAUGCAAUUAUCACAAGAUUUUGCCAAUAAAAUUUCCUGGAAAACAAUGCCUUCAAACAAUAAUUUAAGGGAAUAUUUUGAUAAUAAUUGUGAGAAAACGAUUGACGAUAAUCCUGACAUUAAUAAACUUGAUGAAGAGCUAAAAAUGAGUACAAUGUUUUCACUAUUUCGUGGGAUAUUUACUUCCGAUAGGAUUAAAAUUGCUUGGGGAGAAAUUCAAGCCUUGCCUACGAAAUAUGCACGUAAUGAAAAAGAGAAUCCAUUUAAAAGAGCACGGGUAGGAAGACGCGUUGAUAUGAAAAGUACUCUCAUCAAAACUUCUAAUAAAUUUGAAGUUAUUUAUGGAGAAGUAUCGGGAGGAUUGGGCCCACAUGGAAUACCUACCGCAUGCCGUAAGAAGCGUUUUCUUGACAAGAUAAAACUCAUGAUUAUAAUGCGAGAUAGCAUAAAUAGUCUUCUAAAGGAAUGCAAAUAUACAUCGUUUGAGAAACGUACAAAUUUAAUCAUAUAUGGAUGGCUCCAAUUUGGCCUAGAAAUAAACUUCUAUGCUAUGGAUUGGUCAGGAGCCGGUAUAUACAGAUUUGGGUUAAUUGACCAAUGUAGGUUACCGUCUGACGAGGACGAAUUUGGGAUUCUUGAGGAUGCGUUCUGUAUCUUUAAAUUGCUUGAAUACAAGUCACUUGAUAUUGAGAAAGUAGUUAAACAAUUGUUUUUAGAAAACACAAAGGGUAAACGACGACAAAUUACAUCCGAAAUUGAAGCUGAGUUGAAUGAAAACCGUUCUCCCGAAAGAUAA